GUUCGCGUUCGCCCCAUUCCAUCCGUCAUCAAACAACUAUGGCGGACUACCGAGAGGCGCCCUUGGCUAGUCGGCCAAAAACACUGGAUCCAAAUGAGUAUUUCAACCUUUCGCCGAAUCACCGGCGUUCCGAAGAAGACAGGGCAGCACUACGAGCGAAUCUAAAGAGGCAGUAUCAGACGCAACUCAAUAACCCGCACAGAAAAGAGCUCGUUGAAGACCCUGCCCUGACACGCUGGGUGUACGCACGCGCUAACCCCUACUUAACCUUCAAGCCCACUUUCAAGACAUCUCUGAUGGGUGCCAUGUUUGGAGUUGUGCCCCUCUUCGUCCUUUACUACGUCUUCAAGACAGACAGGGUAUGA